AUGUCUCCUCCUCCUUCGUUUUCCUCCGGCGAAGACGCCAUUGCAGCCCUCCACUCUGACAUCCUUCAAACUCAUAUUCUCACCCGUCUCGACGGUGCAGCUUUAACCUCUACUGCGUCGACCUCUUCACGUUUCCGUAGUCUCUCCAGCGAAGACCAACUCUGGCGUCGCGUUUGCUCCACCUCGUGGCCGUCAAUCACUCAUCCCAAACUACAGCAACUCAUCUCCGCCUUCCCUUCCAAACACCAAUCCUUCUUCUCCGAUGUAUUUCCAGUCCUGGAUUGCUGCUCUCUCCGUUGCGACCUCGACUACCGUUAUUCCACGACCGUGGAAUUAAUCUCCGCCGUUGACAUUCAUUACAAAAACAAACUCCUCUUCUCGAAAGUCCAUUCAAUCGAAACCGAAACGAAUUGGUUUCUGUGUUCCCCUUUCCGCGUCGACCUAAUCGAUCCAAAGGACUCAAUUCCAUCGCCAAUUAGACGAAGCGAGAAAUACGAAGAUUGGUUAGGGCAUCUAGAGGAAAACCUAACAGUGAGUUGGGUAAUAAUCGAUCCAAUAAAGAAUCGAGCGGCGAACAUCUCGAGUAGACAGCCAGUGAAAGUGCGAAGACAUUGGUUGUCCGGGGAGAUACAAGUCCAAUACACGACGGUGAUGGGCGGGGAUCGGAGAGCCGGGUCGGCGGUGGAGAUGGUGGAGUGUGCGGUGGUGGUGAGUUGUGGGGAGAAGGAAGAAGAAGGGAUGGAGAUGAGUGUAACGGAGGUGAGUAUGCAGAUGUUAGAUAUGGAAGGGAAGCAUUUGAAUGGGAAAGAUAGUUUGGGGAUUUUAAAGGAAGCCAUGGAAAAGGGGAAGAGAAUUAGUGCAAAAAAAGGAGAUGGGAAAUUAAGAUAUGAAGAAUACGAAGAGAUGAAGAAGAAGAGGAAAGCGAGGAAGGAGAGGAUUGAGAAUGGUUUGGAUAUGCUCUGUAUUUUCACCGGAAUCGCCAUUCUUUUAUCUUUCUCUUCCUUCAUCUUCUUCUCCACAUAA